AUGCCGCCAAAGGCCGCCAGUCAGCCCAAGCUCUCUUCCUUCUUCAAGCGUGCCCCUCCUCCCACCUCGCCUUCGUCAUACGUCUCGCAGGCUGUUCCGAAGACCGCCAACUCGCCUCAUCUGAUUUCAGACGACGAUGACGACGAUAGCAAUGACAGAGAUAACACUCACCCGGAUACACCCGCUCCAAAACGACUGAAGACUUUCAAUGGCUCAUCAAGCUCGAAAGAUGAUAGCCCUCGGAGUCGAGUACAGCACUGGCGCUUCGUACCUCCCACGGUGAGCGGUGGGGUGGACGGUUCGGAAGAAGUACCUCUACCCUCUUCGCAAAGGAGCGUAGAGGAGAACCGAAGGCACACUGCCUUCAGACAUAAGCUGCUCGGCAGCAACGACCCCAUCAAGAGGUGGGACGAUGCCUAUCGCCGGCAGGAGGAGAUCGAAGCAGGAGGCAUGCCGCAAGAGGUUGGAGAAGACGCCGGCAGCACGAUGCCUCAGGAUGAGGACGAUACAGCAGGGCCAGAGGAUCAUGGAAAUGACACAUCUGGCUCGCUCGAAAGAUUUGCAAGCGCUAGUACCGCACAUCACAGGGGCACAACCAAUGGACAGACGGCUGCCAGCGGGCGCAAGGCGUCUUCGUCUUCAGUCAAGUACACGCCUCUCGAACAGCAAGUCGUGGAUCUGAAAAAGAAGCACCCAGACGUUCUCCUGUUUUUCGAGGUCGGAUACAAGUUCAUAGCAUACGAGGAGGAUGCUGUGGCAGCUUCCAAAGAGCUCAACAUUGCAUGCUUCCCCAAAAAUCACCUUCGCCAAGCUUCAAUUCCGGUCCAUCGGCUCCAUAUCCAUGCUCGACGCCUAGUCAACUCCGGCUUCAAGGUCGGCGUAGUCCGGCAGACCGAGACGCGAGCUCUGAAGGCUGCUUCAACGAAUGCGUAUACGCCUUUCACUCGAGAGCUGACGGAACUGUACACAGCUAGCACUUGGGUCGAGGAUCUGGACGCAGAGGGCAGCAGGGGAGACAAUCCCGUGGCCCAGAACAGCCUCGUGGCUCUGGUGGAGAGACUGGAGGGCGGCAAUUACGGAGGAGAUGAAAGGGUCUCGAUUGGCCUGAUUUGUGUACAAGCUGCUACCGGGGUCGUCAUAUUUGACCAAUUUGCCGACAGCAGCAUGAGGAGCGAAUUGGAGACUCGCUUGGCCCACCUUCAGCCCGCAGAGCUACUCUUACCGCCCAUUGGCAAGCUGAGCAAGCCUACUGAGAAGCUCUUGCGACAUCUGACCGGGCAUACCUCUACCUCGAGUCAUGCUGGCCUGACUACUGCGAACAGGGUGCGAACGGAGCGCACCCGUGAUGUGAUGUCAUACAACGAUGCUUUCUCUCAGCUCUCGACCUUUUACGAGGAGCUAGCCACGGAGGAGGCAAAAGACGACUUUCCUCUUCUUGAUGCAGAAGAGCUAGAGAGAGAGCUGAACGACUCCGCGGCGAAGACAGUCCCAGCGGUGACUCCUCGACCCAAGGAUGAUAGUGAAGUUGGCAGGGCUUUGGCCUUCAUCAUGAAGAUGCCUCACCUAGCUGUCAUCUCUUUGGCUACAUCUUUGCACCAUCUGCAGUCCUUCGGUCUCUCCUCUGUCUUCAAGGUGGCUUCGAGCUUCAUAUCUUUCCAAGCUCGGUCCGAGAUGCUCCUUUCGACCGGCACACUGUACAAUUUGGAACUCUUCUCGACGACGGAGGGGACCCACAAGGGAUCACUAUUUUGGCUCCUUGACAAGUGCAAGACCACUUUUGGGAAAAGACUACUCAGAAAGUGGAUCAGCCGACCCCUCACUGACCUGCAACGCCUCAAGGAGAGGACCGAUGCCGUCAGCGAAUUUGUAGAUGGCAGACAAUCCGUCCUCAGGAAGGUGCCCGAGCUUCUCGUACAACAGCCUGAUCUUGAGAAGGGUCUCGCUAGAAUACUCUAUGGACGAGCGACCCCCAACGAGCUCGCAACCGUCCUACUCGCACUCAACCGGAUCUCACAGCAAUUUGAUGUGACUGAUGCAGCGGAGGUGGGCACGAGCUCAACUCUGCUCAAUGAGAGUAUCGCAGCGCUGCCACGUAUCAAAGAUACUAUCGUGAAAGCUCUUUCUGAGGUACGCCUGGUCGCGGCUCGCAAAGGUGAGAAAGAGCACAUGUUCGUCGAAGAUAAGUAUCCACAGCUGCAAGAAGGAAAAGAUAGAGUCGCUUUGGUGGACUCCGAACUCUCAGAGCACCUGCUGGAGCUGAGGAAGCUCCUCAAGCGACCGACUCUCGAGUUUGCUACCGUAUCGGGAAUCGAGUGCCUUGUAGAGGUACGAGUCGCCGAUGCCAAGAAAGUGCCAGCAGACUGGCUCAGAAUGAGCGCCACAAAGUCGAUGGUUCGCUUCCAUACUCCCACGAUCAUGCAAUUGUUGAAGGCAAAGAAUCGUCACAAAGAGUUGCUGGCUGCAGAUGCAGCGAAAGCCUACCAGUCCUUUCUCGACGAGCUAUGCGAGGAAUCUACCGCCUUGCGAAACGCAAUAGCUGCUCUUGGGACUCUCGAUGCUCUACUAUCUUUAGCUGCUGUGGCUACGUUGCCGGGGUACGUCAAGCCCACCUAUGUGGAGGGAGAAGGCAUGUUGAGCAUCAAGGGCUUGAGACAUCCCAUGAGCGAGGCACUUCGAGAUGAUUACGUCCCAAACGACAUCGAUCUCGGGAGACACAGCAAAGGUGUGAUCUUGACCGGCGCCAACAUGGGUGGAAAGUCUAGCACUGUCAGAGCCAUCGCCUUGUGCGUGGUCCUAGGACAGAUUGGCUCCUACGUUCCUGCAUCGUCCGCCGAGCUGACGAUUCAUGACGCUGUCCUCACUCGUAUGGGCGCUUCCGACGAGCUAGCCAAGGGACGGAGCACUUUCAUGGUUGAGGCGGAAGAGGCCGCCGAAAUCAUGAGGGUGUCGACCUCUCGAUCUCUUGUCAUUCUCGAUGAGAUGGGAAGGGGAACCAGUACAUUCGACGGCCAAGCCAUUGCCUCUAGCAUCCUCACAUAUUUGAUGACCAGAGAGGUGAAUCGGAGACCCACGACGCUGUUUAUCACCCAUUACACGUCUCUUUGCGAUUUGGCAGACAGACUGCCAGGUCUACGAAACAUGCACAUGGAGUUUGUAGAGGUGAAUAAUCAACAGGGCAAGAGGAAAGACGUCGUCUUCCUGUACAAGCUCAAAGACGGACCCGCUGGGUCCAGCUUCGGUAUUCACUGUGCAUCGCUUGCGGGCCUCCCAUCGGAUCUUCUCGAGAUAGCAACGCAGCAGGCAGAGCAGAUGCAAGAACGGACAGAGUCACGUCUCCGCUACAAGCUCCUUCGGCUUGCUAGCAGUGUCCUAGUUAGUAUAUUCAUAGACUCCGCUGGUGAGCCUGCCCUGGUGAAAGUGAAGGAGGCUGUGUCGAAGCUGGGUGUCAGCGGGGCAUACAAUGAUGACGUGCAGGGGCCGAGCAAUGGGCCGCAAGAGCCUCCUCCUCAGGCGGCGGCAUCCUCUACCACGUAUGGGAGCGACCCCGCAGCGGCGAGACGAAGGUAUUCACAGGAUGUUGGGAAAGGGACGACCAGGCCGGCAGGAUCUACCAGGACCCGGGUAGUCAGCCAAGGCACCGCUGAGGCCGGUGCCACACGCAAUUAUAUUCUGGGAGACUGCCUCGGAAAAGGAGCGUCCGGCUCAGUCUAUCGCGCUCUCAAUUGGGCAACAGGCGAGACGGUAGCAAUAAAGCGGAUAUCUUUGGCCAACAUUCCUUGGUCAGAUCUGAGUAGCAUCAUGUCCGAGAUUGAGCUCUUGAAAGGCCUCAGACAUCCCAACAUUGUCAAGUACAAGGGUUUUGAAAAGACGCAAGACUUCCUCUUCAUCGUCCUGGAGUAUUGUGAGAAUGGAUCACUGCAAAGCAUCUGCAAGCGAUUUGGCAAGUUCCCGGAGGGGCUUGUGUCCGUAUACAUCAAUCAGGUCCUCGAAGGUUUGCAAUUCCUGCACACUCAAGGCGUGGUACACCGGGAUAUCAAGGGUGCUAACAUUCUGACCAAUAAGGACGGUUCUGUCAAGCUGGCUGAUUUUGGCGUGGCGACAAAGAGUGGGGUCAUUAGCGGGAAUGUAGUCGCAGGUUCGCCUUACUGGAUGGCGCCGGAAGUCAUUGAUCAAUGCGGGGCAACGUCGGCGAGCGACAUCUGGUCUGUUGGGACGACUGUCCUCCGUUACCAGCAGGAGCUUCGCCGAUGGUACUUGAUUUCCUGA